AUGGCUUCUUCUUCCUCCAACACCAACCCAUCCUCCUCCUCCGAACACAUCUCCUCCUCCAACCCCGCCGGAGUCCCUCUCGCCGACCUAUCUGACGCUCACGGAGCCAACGCCGCGACCGCCGACCACCCUUCCGCCGCGAAGCCGGACCCCACCAUCACCAACAACAGCAACACCGCGAUCCCACCGCAUCACCAUGUCGCCGCGGGAGGACAGUCCACCGCCGCUGCCGCCGGCUCCACCGCCCUCGCCGGAAUUAAAGUGAACCUCCGGUCAGCUCUCCGACAGUACCCGGACUUUCCCUCGCCGGGCAUUCUCUUCGAGGAUAUCAUGCCCAUCUUCUCCCAGCCGAAACUUUUCGCGCAACUAUUGGAGGCACUUGAGCUGCAGGUCGCCACGUCAUUCGGCAGCGGAAAGGAUGCCGGCAUUGACAUCGUCGUUGGUCUGGAGUCGCGUGGAUUCUUGUUCGGACCUACGCUCGCUCUACGCCUCGGCGCCGGAUUCGUGCCUGUCCGCAAGCAGGGCAAGUUGCCCGGCGACUGCGAGACAGCGGGAUAUACCAAGGAGUAUGGUCAGGACUUUUUCCAGAUGCAAAAGGGCGCCAUUCAGAGUGGUCAGCGGGUGUUGAUUGUGGACGACAUUAUCGCGACAGGAGGCAGUGCCGCUGCGGCUGGCACUCUCGUCCGUAAGCUUGGCGGACAGCUUGUUGGCUACUUGUUCCUUAUGGAGCUCGACUUUCUCAAGGGACGCGACAAGCUCGAUGCGCCUGUACAGACACUUCUAUCAGGCCAAGAAGAGGCAUUGAACAAGAAAUAA